ACGGCUGAGUGUUCAUGAAAGAUUAUAUUUACAACCCACCUAUUCUAGUGCAAAUAGAAGUAAAGCAGUAAAAGGUAGUGUCAACAAAAAAAGGAGAACGGGAAUUUAUCGUUCUCGUGAUAGUGUUAAAGCCAAAAAAGUUAUAAAAGCAGUCUACAAAAAUAGUUCAGAGAAGUUAAAAACAGAGGAAAAAGAUUUAGAAAAAGAACUAAAUGAAGCGGCAGAACUCAUAAGGAUACUUGCUGAUAAAAAAAAGUUGUUGGAAAGUGAAAAUGUGUUAUUAAAAGGAGAAAAAAACCGACUGGAAAAUGAUAAUAAAAAUUUUACAACUGAAAUUAUUCAACUUAGGAAAUUAAUUAAUAAUUUAAAUGAAGCCUCGGCCGAAAAAGAUAAUACAAUAGAUAAUUUAAACCGAGAAAAGGGGACUUUGGAAUUAGAAUUAGAGAGAACAAGCAAAUAA